CUCAUAAAUCAUAGCGGGCCACUCGGUAGAUAUACGAAGUUCACUGCUCACGACGAAGUGCGGAGGCGCGCUUCAACAUGUCAUCGUUGCCCGGGGACGACGCGGGCAGCGCUCUGCCCAGUGCACGGACUCCCACCACGGUAGUCGACGGCGACGUCGUCUUCUCUGCUGUCGCCCUCCUCUUCCUCGGCCUCGCCCUCGUCUUCGUUCUUUACCACUACCUCAUUGCCAGUCGCCACGGCGUUCGGGGAGGGGCCGGGACGGCGAGGAGCGGUCCGCGCCUCGGCGUUGGCGCAGCUUCGGCUUCCGGCGUCGCAAAAGGUGUUGAUCUGGUGGUGCUGCGGGCGCUGCCGGUGACGCUGUACCGUGCGAAGGACUUCGAGGAUGCGCUGGAGUGCGCCGUGUGCCUCGCCGAGCUUUCCGACGGCGAGGCGGCCAGGUUCUUGCCCAAGUGCGGACACGGCUUCCACGCCGAGUGCGUCGACCUGUGGCUGCAUUCCCACCCCACCUGUCCGCUCUGCCGCAUCGAUGUCGACAAGCCGGACGCCUUGCCGCUGGCUCUACCUCCGGUGCGCCCUGAACCGGCGAAUUACGCUACAAACCUGCCCACCAACGUGCUGUUCUGGGGAUCCCCGGACGCGGUCACGACUGGAAGAACAGUCGGCGGCCCGAGCUCGUCCGCUGGAGCAACGGCGGCGAUUGCCAUCGAGGUCCCGGAGGCCACGGAAUCUCCGUUGGUGCCGCGUGAUGGUGAUGCCGGGAAGUCACAGGGUUUGGCGAGGAUGAGGUCGAUUAAGAGGCUGUGGAGCAGAGGGAUUCGUGAGGUUGGCGCUAGUAGCAGCGCUAGUUCUUGCCACCAAGCAACUGAGGGCAGCCUUGGUGUUGCCGCUGCCAAUUUCGGCCCGUAGGGGCCGAAGAUACCAGAGACUUGAGUUUGACUCUCCCGACAAACAGUUUUUGGGUCCUACUCUGAUGGAGUACCUGUGGGACCUGAUGGCUUGUCUUUCAGUUUAUCAAAUACUCCUAUUCCAAUGAGGUAGUAAAACAUGAUUUCAUGGUA